AUGAAUGUAGGAAAACGAGGUCAUCAAAUUAACGAUUAAACAAAAAUUUAAGGUUGUGGAACGCAAGGAUGUAAAAGCUCUGCAUCCAUGCACCAGCGAUGAGUUAAAAAGGCUAAGCAUGCAUACUCGAAAUUUCGUAACUAUUGCAGACCUGCCAACUCUCACGGUUCUGCCGUGAGUCUCACGAUUUUUUGUCAUUUCUCACGGUCUCACGACAAGGCUCCUCAAUCUCACGGGUUUUGGGAAAAAUCAUUCUGAAAUGAUUUAAGUUGUUGAAUCAGAAUAAAAAUGGGAAAUUAACGAGGAAUGCUUGUGCCAUAAAGUGAAAAACUUUUUUUACUUUUUUGUACCCAGCUGUGAUUUUCGCUUGUGUUCAAUAAACUUAAUCGUUUUUCUUCGUGUCUGUCCGCCAUUUUGAAAGGGGAGUAGGCCCUGGGAACGAGGUCUAAUUCCCAGGCGUCUCCCAUGUUGAGUUUCCCAGUAGUCUUUGUAAGUUCAGCGCGGGAAAGCGAUCGCAAUUGUAUAAAUAUGGCGAAAAGAGGUGGUGAUUUUUCAAUAGAAGAUUCGAAUUCUGACAAUGAAACGGACCGGGAAGAACCUACAACAGGGAACACAAAUAAAACAUUUAAAUAAACUGUUAAUGACUUUCCUGGAUGGAAAAGGGGUUUGCUUAAUCUUGAUCGGGAAAAAAAAUAGAAUCUCACUAUUUUUUAUAGAAUCUCCAGAUUUUUUUUCGUGGGUCUCCAGAUUUUCCUUUAUCAGGGGUUGGCAGGUCUGCUAUUGCCUCAUGAAUUAUUUAAAGCGAACCGUUUGUUCUCUGAAUUAAAACGUUACACAUACAAAAUUCAGUCUUACCUAGCAAAAGACAAAUAAAACGCCAGUAAAAAUUCUUUUCGUCCGUAGCUUUUAGCAUGGCAAAGAAAACAUGGAUACCUCCAAGAUUUAAGAAUGAGCUGCAUUGUGGGAUUGUAGCUGGGGGGCGUGGGGUGGAGUCAUGUGUCCCAGCCCGCGCUGGAUACUCAUGGCCUUGAUUACAAUGUCGUGCAGUUGGCGAUCGCGGGUAACGUGCGCAUUUAUUUUUUAAAUGGAUAGACAGGGCCACAGUAGAAAACGAAGUUACCGGAUUCUGAUGGACCGCUAGUCAGCAAAGUUAGGGAGCUUACGCAACGACUGCGACGGGAACAGCAACGCGAACGGCAAAAAGGAAUAGGUUUAGAUUAGAAAAACAACAACUUUGCACGUGCAUCACUCUUCUUCAGAAACAGCGAAAUAUUUUAAAUGAGCAAUAAACAGGAUCACACCGGAUAGCAACCCGGAGCGAGCAGCUCCCUUACUAGGCCUAUGUCACGGCAUUUUCACGGACCAGUUUAUUUUUAAACACACUUAAAGGAGCUGUGUCACGAAAUUCAGUCAAAUUAGGCAAUUUCAAAAUGCCCGUUAAAUUAAGAGAAACCUAAAAAUGACCGCUUAAAACUUUAAAGGAAGGUUAAAAUAAAAUAACAGAAACAACAGAUGCCACGGAUGGGCAAAACUGAAGAAGACUGAAACGGAUUGAAAUUAGGGUUUUUGUAAACUGUUCAGCCCAAUGGUUUUUCAAAGUUGAUCGCUGCUUCUCGCAACUUCAAAAAUAAUGCUCAGGAGACAUAUUUGUUUGUCUCGGAUCCCUGAUCUUGUCAUUAACAUGUAAUUUCUUUGCUUAUACUUUAAGUUCCAUAGCGACUGAGGGCGAGUAAUUGGCAAAAUUAAACAAAAUGAACUGGACUGCCGUGACACUGCCCCUUUAAGGGCACUUUUUCCCGCGAAAAGAGAAUGUUCACCAAGUCUAUCAGCUCGACUCGUAGGCAAGACUACGGAUGACGCGUAAGUGCAAGGCACGCGAAAAUAUGAGCACGUGAACUAAGAAAGGGUUUCCUCCCGUUUUGUUUGCGUAUUCGCGCCUUCUCAAUUUCGCAGACCCGACUAUCUCGGAGCCUGGAAGAAGCUACUGGAACCACUAAACGCCGAAACAUUUAAGAUCGUUUUAUGACCUAGCAGGGUCACCGACCCUUUGAAGUUUAUUCCCGGUAGCCAAUAGGAAACCGCCAUGCUAACAAAAGCCUAAUGCACUGACAAGUUAAUAAUUAUAUUGUACCCCUCUUUGUUAAUGGCUUGCUAUUAAAGAUAUUCAGAUCGUGCGCUUCCAUCAUUUUCAAUAAAGAGUCACUGACAGAGGUUCUUUGCAAAAACUGACUCUUUCACUGUGCAAAACCGGACAGGAGAAUUAAAGCGAAAUAGAGUUCAACAAUAUGUCAGCCGUUAUUCCUUCAGGAAAAAGCAGCAAGGAUUUGCAAACGCAGCGCAUCUUCGUGGAACAACUGCGUCGCGAACUCACAGUUCAAAGAGUGAAACUCUCAAUAUGCGUCAAUGAACUGAUACAGUACUGUGAGCAACAAGGAAAUGUGGAUCCUUUAGUCAGCCCCAAAGCUUCUCACGAUAACCCGUUCCGCAACUCUGGCGGUAAAUGUGUCUUAUUCUGAAACUGCUUUAUUCUGAGAGCUGUCUCAUGAGUUAGCAUCCAUCUCCAGGAAUUCUCAGUUAUCAUGGAACAUUUUUUGAAUGUGAAGAACAAAGAAUAUCGUUCUCUUCACCAUUUUUGUCUGUGGAUUUAAUUUUCUUGUAGCGCUGGUUCUUUCCCUUCUCCUCCUCCUGCAUGCAUGAUUUGAACGACUGUUUUACUUUGAAGCUAAUUGACAAGAAUUGUAGUAAUCCAACGUACAGUGCUGUUGUUAUAAACCUGUUCAAGUUGACUAUCAUAUUUGAAGCUGUAGACAAACUUUUUUAGAGCAACCAUUACUCGGAAAUCGAAACUUAUGAACAUCUAGGAGCUUUGUAUUGUUUUUCUGUAUAACAGAGAAGCUGAACUUCAAGUUGCAACUAUCUACGCCUGUAAAAAUUCUUCUUUGUCUUCGUUGUAUUGAUUAUCUUAGGCCAGGAAAAGCAAUAUGCAAAGAAAGAUUGUUGACAAUUGGAUCCUUUGGCAUGCUACAUUUGCAUCGAUCUCCGAUCUACUGAAUGCCAGUGAGAUCGACUAUUGUACGAGAUGUCACAGCAAAGGAGCAAAGCGAUAAUGGUCAAUCGAAAGCGAUUCAGUCUAGUUCCACGUCACCACUUUUUACUUAAUUAUGUGAGAUUUGGUUCCUUUUUUCAGGAGUGAGCUUUUGAAUUGGAAAAGAUUCAAAAUAGACCGAGCGAAACUGAUUUUACCAUGAUCAGGCUCAGUUGCUCACCCGGCGAAGUGAUGAUUGUGAAAAGUUAAUUUAAACUGAAUCAGUUUGUAUACUAAAGUCAACUUCCAUUAAAAAAGAAAAGAAAAGAACAGAGGGGUCCUCUUGUAUUAACUCUAAAAAUGUGGUUUUGUUUUUUUUUUGGUUGACUGCAGUAAGAAGGAUUUUCUGAAAGCAAAACUUAUUCGUGUUCGGUAAGUUGUUCUUAGUUCCUUGAGUAUUCGAGUUAUGCGGAUAGAAGUGCUUAAUUCAAGAGCAAACAAUUACACGUCCUUUUAUUUACAGGAAGGUAUUAGUAUGUACACACAAUAGAGGUAUUUGUUUUCUUUGUUGCUCACUUCUUACAUUCUAAAGAUAUGCAAAUCUAUAGUCGCGUCUUUGCAUGAUUAAAAGGGCAGUAGGGUCCAAACCUAUGCUUACCUUUGAAGCUACUUUAGCCUGUAGGACAGACAUCAACGGGGAAAAAAAAUAACUUUAAGCCAUUCUUCAGCUAUAUAUAGAUCCAACUUUAUGUGUUUCUUCAGGGGUAAUAAUAGGGAGCUUAAGCAACCGACGUUUAUUACUUUAACGUACGUCAAAUGUCAGUUACUGCUUUCCUGCUCGGGUGGAGUUGCUGUGCCCGGGGUACUUUAAAGACGUCCACGAGGGGCGAACCGCCAGUACACAGGCCAACUGUCAGUUGCAACUUUUUCCCCAUUAGUUGGUAGUGGUUCUGUCCCUUUUUUUGGCGGGGGGUGGGGGGAGUCGUCUCAUAAUAUAAUGCAUGGUAAAGACAGUUAGCAAAAAAAAUUUGAAGCGUCAAGGUAUAUUCGAAGGAAAAAGGCCCCUUCCACACAAAAAUGGAUACUCAAAUGACAUGCAGUUUCAAAUUAAAAUGAACAGAUUCGUGUAGACGGGACCUAAGCUAAAAAUCCUCCGGUUUGAGGCUAUGUUCAAGUUUCAAGUUUUCAAGUUUAUUUAUUUUAUAUAAAAACUAUUACAAUCCGAAAUCUGACUGACUUGCAGGUAGCUAAAACUAAUCGAGGCAGGUCAGUCUCAAAAGUUUUAAAAUAUUACAGAAGUCAAAAAAAGACAUUAACAAAGUAACAGUUUUCUUUAGAUAAAAAGGAGAGAAAUGUAUUAUUAACGUGGUUCCACAUUAAACCAAAAAAGGAAAGUAAUAUUAGGAAAACAAGUAACAAACUACUAUGAUGAUAGGUACUAGAUAUAUAUAGAGAGAAGAGUUGUAAGUUAAUAUGAUUUUUUAAGUCUGGCCAUGAUUUUGUCGUUAUCUAUACAGUUGACCGUUCGAUCGUUUUUUAGUAUUUAAUAAAGCUCCUUUACGUUUUUUUUCUGAAGGUCUUCUUUGAUAUGUUUUUAAAGUUAUUUGGCAUCUCAUUCCAUAUCUUUGCGCCAACACGAGAGUCUAAAUUUUUUUACGUAGAAAUUUUAUGAAGCUGAUGAGCGUGUAGAGUAGGGAAGUGAAUUUGAUGUCCUUGAAAAGUUCAAAAUAUUUAUCGGUGCAUUUCUUUCGUCUAUGUGGUGCAUUAAGUUUAAGACGGAUUCAAACUUUAGAGUUUACGAAAAAACGAAUAGCAUGAUCUUGUCUGUUUGCAGAAUAAAUUAAGCGUAGUGCACGUUUUUGCAGGUUGAGUAUUUUGUCGAUCAUACGUUUUACAGGCGUUUCCCUAAGAGAUAAGACCAUAGGUUAAGGAAGGUGUUACCAGUGCAUUGCAAAUGUUCACAAGAACAGAAGAAGGUACAAAUUUGUGUCUUAAUUAAGAUAGCAUACCAUUACUUAUCUUAGUGGCCGACUGUGCAUGACAAUAUGUUUUCUCCAAGAAAGAUUCUCAUCUAUUGAGACUCCAAGAUAAUUUAUGCAAUCUUUUUCUGUAGGGCCGGAAAAUGACAUAGUUAGAUUUUUUAGCAUUUAAUGUUAUGUUAUUUGCAUGAGUCAAUAGUAUCUUUCGUAAGUUUUUGACAGCGUAAAGGAUAUUAAGAUGGAAUCCACCAUGAAAUUGAGUUAUUUAAAUUUUCAGUGGACAAAAAUCUUGUACCAGAAUAAUUUAAAAUAUAUUGCAUUCUUUUUUACAUUUUUCAAGACCUAAAGAUGUAAUAAAUCAUCUGUAAUAACACCAAAGAAAAUUUAUUAUGAGAGCCCGAGAAAAUGAAUGUCAAAUUUCACAAAAUUACAUCUUUCACAUGAAAUUUACAGAUAUUUACCUGUGUUUUCACAAUUCUUGUGAAAUUUGACCUUCAUUUUCUCGGACUCCCUUGAGAAAUUUUCUUUGAUGAUGACUAAUAACAUCUUUAGGCCUAAAAAAAUGUAAAAAAAAAUGCAAUAUUCUUUAAAUUAUUCUGGUACAAGGUUUUUGUCCACUGAGGAUUAAAAUUACUCAAUUUCCUAGUGAAUUCCCUCUUAAUUUCUUUCUUUUUGAAAAAGAAAGAAAUUAAAUUUUUUAAAGCAAAAAUGAACAUCAUUUAUGUAAAGUAAAAAAGAAGGGGUCACAUUUUACCGGAUAGCUUUUGCGCUAGCCUGCGUAGCAGGCGCUUGGAGGUAGUGGGCACAAGAAAAAACGGGCGCGCGGGAAGGAGACAGGCGGGGCUCACGUGUCUCCCUUGCGUGCGCUCGUUCUCUCUUUCGCCCACUACUUCCAAGCACCUGCUACGCAGGCUACUUUUGCGCCGACAUGAAAACCAUAAAGGUAGGCGGGGCUUGUCUGUUCACAUAAGAACGGUGAUUUCGGUUGCGAUUUCUGUAACUGAGCGUAGCUGCGCCGCGCUGACCUCAGACUAAAGCUGAUAUUACGAGGGACGAUUAGCAACGACGAUUUCUAGCACUACACAGCGUUGCAAUAUCGGAACAAUGUUGUAGCCAUUCGAAACAAUGUCGCAACAAUUCUGCAACUCUAUGUUGCGCUAAAAAUCGUCGUUGCGAAUCGUCUCGUGUAACGUCACCUUAAAGAGGAGAGUUAAAUCAGAUCGGUGUUCAUACUAUACAGGAUACUGGACUACACCGGAUGCUAUCCGGUAUCAUCCUGCUCAUUAUUCAUUCAAAAUAUUUCGCCGUUUCUGAUUGGCUCCAUUCCCUCGGCUAAUUUUUCAUAACCAACGGGCGCUUACCAUUAGAACCUUUAUCCGUCCUGGAAGAAGCGAGCAACUUACCAAAUGCAACGAUUCGAUGGUAUAUUUGAUUGAAAACGGGGCUUCAUGGGCAAUAGACCAUUGACCAAAAUGGCUUUUACUGCUAUCUGAAGACGAAAUAGAUGAAUUUCUGACUAAAACUGAACGAAAGAAAUGCAAAAGUGCGCAAAACGUAUUGCUCGAUCUGAAUGUGAUCUACUUUUUUAAGAAGUGUCUACAAGAUAUAGCACAUGUUUGCGCCGAGAAAUGGGCCAAAGUUUAGUACAAAUGUAGCAAGUCUACGAGGAGGUAAGCUUGUUAAGAAUUUUUAAAUGAAUUAAUAAUAAAACAAUUAUUGAAUUCGGCGGCUUUCCGUCGAACGAUGUGAAGAAUUAUGCAGAUCUAGGAUGAUGUUAUCAACCUCGGCCUUCAACCUCGGUGGAUCUCUGACAUCAUCAUCGAUGAUAUAAUUCUUCGCAUCCUGUUCAAUGCUCAUUCAAUAAUUGCUAAAUAAAUGUGAACAUAGCCUAAACCUCAAGAAUUCAAGAGCGAGGUGUGCGUUUUAUGCUAAUUUGUAUGAAUAUUUACAGGAACGAUAUUCUGGCGAACUACUGCCCACUGACAUAUCAUUUUAGAAAUUAAGAAAUAACAUCAUACAACAAUUAUCGUAACUUUACCCAUACGGACACUGCAAUUUUACUGAUCAUGAGGAGUCGAACUGUGGCCACUAUCACAGAGCCUUGGUUACCACCUCUGUUGUCCGAUGCACUUUUACGCUUUUCUUUAUUCAUGUUUCCGACAACCUUCUUUUUCAAAAUAGCUGUAUAUACGUGGCGUAUAAGGUGUCUUGAAGUAACGAAUACACCGUUAAAUCAAACCGAACUUUAUGACCUCAAAGAAUUUUUUCAUUGUUCGUUUUAAUUAAGAUAAAUGCUUCAGAGGCUGUAAGAAUUAUUUCAGUUGUGUACAACGCAGAAAAGGAGAAAGGAUUGCAAGCCAGAGCCAAAGGGGAUCAUUGAAGAAAGGAAGCCUGAGCUCUUCAAAUGACGUAGAAAAAUAAACAUUACAGCAGCCAGUACGUCAGAAUUCUCGCACUCGAAGAAAGCCUUUUGUAUAAUAUUUCUACCGUAUAUAUUUUUUAGAAAGUUGCGAUACGUCCUCUUAGGGAUUUCUAUAAUUUAUUGAUACAGAUAUAGAUGUUAAUGUGGAUUCCGAAGUAGAUGUGUCCAAGGAUUUCAAUAAUAAUCUCCUCAGUUUAUGAUUGAGGGAAAAUUCCGUUUUCAUUUGACCAAUUAGAAGCUCAGCACGUGAUCAAUACCUUUUAUGGCAUGAUUGCGACCAAUAAAAAUCAGUCGGCAAGUUCUAACGACGCUGGUCAUUUUAGGGGAUCAAACUACCAUAAAUUGGGUUGUUUGAGGCGAUUCCAGGAUUGUUUCAGAGCUGAGUCCGGAACAGGCAGAAAAAUGAAAAGGAGAGCGAUCCGCAUAGCAUUUUUCUUAGCAUUUUUGGUCUUGUUGUCCCUUGUCCAGGAAAGCCACGAAAUCACAGGAAUUUUGAUUCCUCGCCGUAUUCCAAAAUGCCGUCGAGCAACCCACAGGAGAAAAGUUCGUUCCUGCCGCCGUGGAACGAUCAAGUCUUUGGUUCCCGUUUUCGUGUUCACUGAGUCCGAAAUCGAAAGACAAAAGUUUUUGAGGUAGGUAGCAAAUAUUUCACAAGUAUAUUUUGUACUCUUGACGCCGGAUUGCGGUGAAACGAGAAUCCAGCUUACCCCUGGAUUUUACACCGUUUUAUCAAACUCUUAAACGCUUUGCCCUGGCUAAAGCAAGUCCUUUGUCUCCUUCGAUGCGGUGGCAAGCAGCACAUUCAAAAAUUAGAAGACAUACUGAUCCAACUUCUCUGAUUCUCUCUAGAGCAAUCCAAUUUUAUUUAUUUGAGAAUCGCGCGAGAACUAAAGGCAGGUUGAUACUGGUGGAAGCGAUAAGCCAAAAGAGGAGAGCUAUUUACGGUGGCCAUUUAAUUUCGUCCAUUCAACUCCUCUCUCUCUUUAAGGACUGAGUUUUUUCAACAAAAUGCGAUAAAUUUUUUUAAAAUUCUUUAAGAGGACAUUCACCCCAUCUGAUAGACUGCUAGCGGUCCAUCGGGAUAUCGUUGUGCAGGCAAGCAUGUUGCUUGAAAGCGAGCGAGACGAGGGAAGGACGAAAAAGCAGGAGGGAGUACAAUCUCUUUUAUGUAACCGACACUUUCACAUGCACCUGACUCAGUCUGUUGCCGUUAUUUUCAUACGCGCGCUCGACGAUCUCUAAUGAGAAGAAUGGGGUCUGUGAGCAGCCUAAACGUGUGAACCAGUUAAAUACAUACUUGUGUUGUGAACCUCGUAACUUCUGUUGCCGUUAGUUAUUAGGCUGAUUUAGGAACAGAACGGGAACGUCAGUUGACGACGGCGCGCGCAAAUCAAACAACUGGCUUGACCAAUGGCGGAGCGGAAAAUUGGGUACCGGAAGUUGAGAUUAGUCCUUUCCGCGCGCUUUCCCGUCGUCAAAUGACGUUCCUAUUCUGUUCCUAAUUCAGCCUAUUGUUGUGAAUUAUUUGCAACGCUUUUCUUCGACGUUUAAAAAAUAACGCGCUCGCGAGUUUUUCGUGCGUCAAAAUACUCCAAAAUAUGUGCCACCAUUGAUAAUCUGACUUUGCUCACUCAGAAAGCCGCUUUGUUUUCAGUUUCAUAGGAGAUUACAGACAGUUCCUCCCUCUCCUUUCGUCUUCUCCCUCGUUCCUCGCGCCUUUCAUCAAUCUCGCUCGCACAUCAUGCCCACCCACGCGGCACUGACGAACUGUCAGUAUCUGAAGUUGAUCCUUUUUAGGCUCGACUCACACUUGCUGCUAUCCAAACUUCGACGAGUUUUCUUUGUUUCCUAACCCCUAUAUAUAUAGCCAUAUUAGUCUUGGCGACUGACAGCGGCAUCAAAAUUUGCAUGAUGCACCUCAUCACCCUAAUUUUUCGGUCAAAAGAGCCUCUGAAGUUCCGCUAAAAUGCCAACCAAUGAAAAUUUAGCGUCACUGGUGAAAGGAUCUUUUAUCCCGUUUCUUGACGUUUCCCAAAGCAGAAUUUGAGUUUAAUACCAGAGUACGGAUCGAGUUGGGAAAAAAAUUGUCCAAUUUUACCUAACUUCGCAAUGGAAAAUUGUCGAUUAAUCGAAAAACGUUACUCCUGAUUUGACGACAUUCAGGCUUUUUUAAAAUACAGAGAAGUGUGACGUCACGUCGACAGAGACAGUCAUUUGCAUUGUCGAACGAUGAAAAAAGAGUAUUCGCUGCUGUUUUGUUCCUGAGUGCAAUCACGCACAGGAAAGUCAUACAUCCGCAAUUUUUUAUUAUCAUCUCUGCCAUAUUUACAGGACCACGGAUUGUUGAGAUCCGCAUUAUGACAACGUGACGUAACGACUUCUCCUUCUCUAUUCUCGUUAAAAUGUUACACUGUAUAAAUUCAUAAGAACUGUUACACUCCAAAUCCAUGAUGGAUAUUUGUGAUUCAGCCUGUUGUCGUGUAGAGCCAUUUUAGCACAAUUUGAACCAAACCAGUCCUGUCAAAGAAUUAUAUAUUUCAGCGCCUAUUUUGGUGUUCAUCAACAUAGCCAUCCUUAUUAGAUCCUUCUACAUCUUUCUCGCAGAAACAGCCUCAGUGUAUUAACGUUUGUAAAAAGGACUUGCAUUUCGGUCAGCAGGCACAGGUAUUUUCAUUUCAAUAGCACUAUGGCCCUCACCGAUCAAAUGAAUAGUGUCUCGGCAUUCGUGGCAGCAGCAUAAAAAUAUGGACCCUUUAUUAUCUGAUAUGAAAAACGAAAAACUCGGUAGCUGCCUGAAACAGACACAAAAACACAUUUUAAUAACUGUCACUUUUGACGAGGAGAAGGCGUCACGUUGCCAUGGUAGCUAAAUUUAUGGAUCUCAACAGGCUGUGGUCCUACAAAUAUGGCAGGAAAAAACGAUGCACUCAGAACAAAACGGUAGCAGAUGCUUUCCUCCCAUCGUUUUACAAUGCAAAUGUCCGUCUCUUUCCAGAAAUAUUGUUGAGAUCCAGAAACCAUGCUACCACACCUCUCUCUAUUUUUGAAAUCGUGCGGAAACGUUGGAACAAGCCAACUCAUGCAAGCGCCAUCCUAUUAUGAUCUCUUAGCCAACUUUAAGGAAUCAGGGUGCGUACGAUCGAUUGAAUGUUAGAAUAAGAAAACACGGACAGCAGAUUGUCACAAAUUUGUAUUUAACGGGAUUUAGGAGUGACUGGAAUAAUACAUUUGCAUCUGAACGUUAUGUGCAUCGUCAGCCUUAAAAGAAGAUGUUACAAUUUGUUAUUAUCAAAGUCCAAAUAGGCGUUAAGUUAUGCCAUUCCUUUUUCUGUCCUGAAUAUUUCUUUCGAUCGGAAUGCUAGUUUCCUGAGUAUUUUCAUUCGCAUUCAAGGAAGCAGAGGGCAUGUUUAUUUAGAAGACUCGUCGUUUCAACUGAUACUUAACUGAUCUCCAAAAAUCCUACCCUCUGCUUUGAUUGGCUAAGCUUUUCGUUGUAAGCCUAAUCAAGACCUCGCUGUCUAUUAAACGGUCGGCUAUGACUUCUUGUUCGUUCGGUUUUCUGAUACGAAGCCACAAAGUGAUAACUGAACUUUGUGUCGUGCAAUUUUAGCUAAUUUUGGUCUGACAUAUAUCAUACUUGUGAUUGAAAAUCACGCGAAUGAUUUCAGAUCAAAUUGCUUUCCACUCAGUUCAAUCUCCGUUAUAAAUCAACAUGAUAGUAAGGCGACUCCCUCAGCUUUGCAAUUUCUUACAUUAUUCUUUGUCUUUCUUCCCUUUCUUUCUUUUUAAAGGAAAAUCGAGAGGGCCGAAAACGCUGCAGAGAACAUGGAAGACUUCUGGAUGCAAUAACCUGUUCUUUGGUCUUAAAAUUUUCAGUUCAAUUCAAUUCAAUUUUUGUUCACAUUCUUAUAAAAUCCUACAAUCUAAGAACAGAUAGUAGGCAGAAAUGUACUAACAAAUUAAGGCGAGCUGAGCAUGCAAUGCCAAGAAAUGUAAAUCGCUUUUUGAUUACGCUUCAACUGUACUGUGCUUUAGAAUAAAUGCUAUUACAGUAAAAUCAUAUACGAUGGUUUUGGUGCUGUCAUAUUCAAAUCAGUUGUCAUUGGUAUUUUUAAACCUUAAAUGGCUCUGUAUACAGUAGGCUAAUUUAGCAACAGGACGGGAACGUCCGUUAACAACGAGAAAGCGCGCGGAAAGGACUAAACACGACUUCCGGUGCUCAAUUUUCCGCUCCGCCAUUGGUCAAGCCAGUUGUUUGAUUUGCACGCGCCGUCGUCAACUGACGUUCCCGUUCUGUUGCUAAAUCAGCCUAAUAUUGGACAUUGGGGUUUGCUUGUAUGCGCAUUUUAACACCUUAUUUUCUUGGAAGAGAAGAAGUAGAGCAGCUUUCUAUUGAGUGCUGAAAAUUUUAAUCUUAUAUUCUGUUCGAUAGAGCUCUGUGCAGUUGAGCCUUCAAAGCAAUUUGGCGGCCAUAGCUGUGGUUCUGCGUUAUUCGCUAUUAUAGUAUCUUAUUGCACGCUAUUCUUUAAUUUUCAAAUUGUAACGUCGUAGCUUAACCUUUUCAUUAUAUGUAAGACCCUGAAGAAGCAAGGCCGUGCCUUCCGAAAUAUUGGCAAAAUUAUAUAUAUAUUCCCGACUGUAAAAAAAGCCUUGCCUCUUUUGUUUUUUAUUCGGGUCAUUAUUGUUCAGUACGGCUUUCAACUAGCUCAAAAUUUAAAAAACCAAUCAGAAGCAAAACAUACCCACAGAACGGAACAUAAAGAGAUUUCCUGGUAGGUUGUUAAACGGAGUUUAGCCGGAGCCAUUUAAAGACCCGCGUGCUAAGUCACGGCCCGUGCUAAGUCAGGGCGGCGCGCGCAGAAGGAAGGACCUGGGGCCUUGUUCCCCACUUUUUGCGAUAAAGAAAAACAUACUUUUGCUAAGUUCUUCACUAAAUAAGUUUUUUGAUACUAGACUAAAGAUCUCGUUUCUAUUCCCGUCCACAAAAGGGAAUUAUAGAAAGUAGAGUAAAGAUUAAUAUAGGUGAAAAUUAUGGUUAAUGACUGGGAAGAAGUGAGUUUCUGUGCUACUUAAUAAUGCUUUUUCAACGUUCUUUGCGCCUGGAAACCAGAGGCGAUUUCAUUGGUGAUUUUUGCGCGAGGUUGAGUUACCAAAACAGAGCUGAGGCGAUUAAAGUUUUCUUUCCAUGCACUCUAUGGAACCGCUGAAUGUCACAAAAUUGCAGCUAAAAUCGCCACUUAAAUUAAAUUCAGGAAGAGUCGCACAAAAGCCAGUAACCUUAUCCUUCGAUCACUGGGAUCGACUUUAGAAAGCUUGCUCACAUGACUAUUUUAUCUGCGUGAUCUCUUCAAAUUGCUUACCAGCAACAAAGACCAAUACUAGCUAAUUGUUCCUGUACUCACCGGGCUUAAUUGAUUAUCAGUUUAGAAUAAUAUUGAGAUCGUUCGGAUCGUACUGGCCAAUCACAUUUCAGCAUGUCCUGGAGCGUAUUAAGUGGUAGGUUUAUCUUUUUUACUUAGCCUGAAUUAGAAAGCUUAAUAGUACAGGUUUCUUUUCCAAUAUCACUGAUCCAUCAUAAGCAAACGUGAUAUAGCUACUGAAUGGAAUCUCCAACGAAGCGGGGUGGUUUUAUGAAAGAACCUUUCAGCAAAAAAGUAACUUCAUCCUUAAAAUCUAGAAUCGAGCCUCCUGCUAGAAUUUAAUCACUCUAUAAAUUGAUUAAUCAUGUUCUUUUAGUUAGAAAAAAAAAAGAGAGAGACAGAACUCUUGAGCGCUAGAAACGGAGAUCGGGUAAAAACAAUUCCAUGCUUCCAAGUUUAAAUGACUUUCAAGAUCUUGUAAACUAUAUUUAGUUAUUUUAUUUACUCGGAAACUAUAUCCAGAUAAAUUGAUGAUACGAUAUAACACCAGACGCUUUAGGGAUUUUUAAAGGAUGAUAUCAAAAUGGAUCAACGGCUCAACCAUUUAUUUUUUUAUCGUAACACAGAUGGCCUGAUCUCUCCUAGCAGUUGUCUCCCAAACAUUAUCAGUUCAGUAAGGUUUUCAUUGCCGUUUGACCUUUUCGCUCACUGCCUAGAAUGACACGGUAAACAUGCAGGUAAACAAUAUACUGUAAUACAAUAUCAAGGGAAUAAUUGCUUAUCCAAAGCCUCAAAUCGCCCUUUAGAAAAAUUCGUGAAGGAACUUUUUUACUGGGGAGUAAGACCUGUUAACUGAAUUUUAUGUCAAAGAUCGUAAAAGGUCAGACUCAAUCGCCUUUAUUUGGACCUUUUGCAUGCAUGGCGACUACCAUGUUCAGGCUCCACAUUAGGUUAUUGUUCUCUCCAAUAUCUUCAACAAUGUCCCCGUUUGCACUUUCCCACUUAAUUUGGAAAUUUUCUUUGACAAACUUUCAAAUUAUGUACUCUUAAUAUGGGAUGUAGUUUGCAUUUUUACUGAAUAGUUCAUCUACGAUGGCGAGCAAAUUUCCUAUUCCCGGCAGCCCCUCUCUGAUGUACAAAGGCUAAUGCCAUGGUAAGGGGUAUGGGCCGGGGGUAUGGGAACAAUUGGAAUUCACGCCUAUCAAGCCAUACCUACCUCUCGAUACUUCCACCAUGUUUGCAUGUCAGUAUUUCAUACAAAAAAUCAAAAGUUACACGCUUAUUGUACAGCAUAGUAAACAGUACCUCACGAAAGUACCUUUCAGUGGCUUUAUUCUAUACACUCAACAGUUAGAACUACUUUGUACAGCAUCCAAAGCCUCACCGUGGAAAGCAUUGCUUAUAGCCACUGUAGGAAGUAGGAUUUCAUUCACAAACUAGCCAAACAGCCGUUUUCAAUUGAAUGAUCCCGUAACACUUAGGGUAAUAUUGUUAAUUGAAAGUUAGAACCAACUUGUACAAUGCAGCAGCCUCUAUAUAUCCCAAAAUGAUGCUUAGUAGGUUUUUACUUUAAUGGUGACUCUAAGGAUUUUACUUUUCGACCACCUCAGUGAAUUUAAACUGAACUGACGUUGCAAUUGUGCAAAUCAAUAGUCACUCCGUCAUGAUAGUAAGGACUCGCAAUAUCACCUGCACACUGAUCACCACUCCUGCGUGUUCUAGUACUGGCCCAAUCGAUCACUUACUGGGAAUCGUGUAAAAGUAAGUGCUAUUGUAAUAUUGACUCUGAAAUUAAAACGAACAUGCAUAAGAAUCGCGGGAAAUAUAUUUUUUUAGAAUUGCUUGUUUAUUUUCCGAUAUUAGGAAUAUUAUCCAUUUUGCCUACAGUACGAUAUAUAAAUGGGAAAAAAGACAAAAUCAAAACGAAUGUGUGAUGAAUUAAAGCUCUCGACAACUUGAAGCGAACUUGGGCGUAGGUCAUAGUUGAACAAAAUGGAGCGCGGGUUCCUUAUAGGAUUUGUAAUUAUUCUCGCAUUAACUUCCUUCUGUCACAGCUUAUCGAUAUCGGAUUUUGAUGAAAAUGACGAAAGUUUAGCGGACAGGAAACCUCUUUUGGAGAAACUUGGCAUGGAAAUGUACAGGUAAAAAAAGUAAAAUAAUAAUGAUUAUUUUUUUCAAUACUAUCUUCACCUCUUCUUACCCUGGGUACCAGGGUUUCCUGCAUGUGCUUGCCUUUAUUAUACUGUAGAUGAUAGUUACAGAGUUGACUCUGUUAACGAAAACCUACAAUAAGACUAAUGAAUGUUUCCUGUCCUCACGGCAUUGUUUAUUACGAUGUACAACUGAAGGUGCAUGGACGUUCUAACUUUUACGUUUGGGGAAAAAUUUUUUUCGAAAGCUACUGAGCAUUUGAAGUAUAUUCUUGUCGGGUAAAGGUUAUUACAAUGUACAAGGUGGUUCAAACUUUGAGUCUUUGAAUGAAAUCCUUCAGUUGAAAGCCUAAAGGAGUAGAUUCUUUUUGCUUUUGUUAUAAAACUGUUCAUAAUUGCUAGGAUGAAAUUAAAACUAUCAGAGACUAAUACGUUAUAUUAAAAAGUGUUAUUUUUGCAAGGUAUUUCGAGUAAUUUUAACGUACAAAGUAAUCUUGAAAUUGAUAAAAAGUUAACGAAACCCCACCAAGUGUUUUAGAUAAGUACAAACGAAAAGCAAGAACAAAUAGAGUAAACUAUAACCGAAGGAUUUAGGAUGGUUACGAGGGGGAAAGAUUGAGGAUUACAAAUGUCCGAAACUUGAAAAACUAAAUAACACUGACCUUUUUCAAGAUACAGAAGCUGCGACUUAGUCCGAAUAGUCUGGAGUGUUCACUUGUCGUUAUGACGAUUUAGGCUAAUCAGUAUGUAAUAUUUUGAUCUAAUAUCAGGGAUCCUCACUGGAGCCCGUACGGUAAAAAGCGAUGCUACUGCAGAUAUGGAUAUGAAGGAAAAGGACCCAUGAAUCCGUGGGGAGGGGGAUUUCCACCAUUCGGACCGUUCCGACCGUUCCCACGGGUUAGGUAUGGACCCCGUCGACGCCCUUCUCGUCGCAAGGGAAGCCAGACAUCUGAUGAUGAAGCGGAAUAG